CGGGGAGGUCGGUUGGGGACGGUCCUCCUCGAAGUAGCCCGCGAUGUCCCCACCAAACGACAGACCCCUCCGGGCGACAGACGGACCUCGGGGUCGGAGCCGCGGGUUCCCGGGGCGGAGGAUGCGGGGCGGAGGGCCUGCGCCGCCUGGGGCCCCCUCGCAGCCCCGAGCCGCGCCAGCCGCAGCCAAGGCGCCGGCCACCAUGUUCAACCAGCAGCAGCAGCAGCAGCUGCAGCAGCUGCAGCAACAGCAGCUCCAGCAGCAGCAGCUGCUCCAGCUCCAGCAGCUGCUCCAGCAGUCCCCACCGCAGGCCUCCCUGCCCAUGGCCGUCAGCAGGGGGCUGCCCCAACAGCAGCCACAGCCGCAGCUCCUGAACCUCCCAGGCGCCAGCCCCGCCUCCCUCCUCAACGGCUCGGUGCUACAGAGGGCUUUGCUUCUGCAGCAGUUGCAAGGUAACCUCCGUGGCUACAACCUGCCAACCCCAAACCUGACAGGCCCCAGCCUCACGCCCCCCCAGCUGGCCACCCCAAAUAUACAGCAGUUCUUUCCUCAGGCCACUCGGCAGUCCUUGCUGGGGCCCCCUCCUGUCGGGGUCCCCAUAAACCCCUCCCAGAUCAACCUUGCAGGGCGGACUCCCCAGAAACAGGCACGCACCCCCUCCUGCACCACCCCCAACCGCAAGGAUUCUUCUUCUCAGACAACACCCGUGGAAGACAAGUCAGACCCCCCAGAGGGGUCUGAGGAAGCUGUUGAGUCCGAAACAGACACACCAGAAGACCAAGAUUCCCCACCCUGCCCAGAUGGCAUUGCUAAGGAGACACACUCUCUAGCACCUGAGCCCGAGUCUUGUGAGGAAACUGAGCCACCGGCUAAGAAGUCAAAGAGCUCGGAGUUGCCCACAGCGAAGGGGCCCCCCGGGCAGCUGCAGGCGAAGGUCCAGCCUCAGGCCCGGGCCACCGCCCCGAAGCAGACCCAGACACCUGAGCUGCUGCCCGAGCCACCGGAAGCCAGAGUGCUGCCGCGAUUCCAGCCGCGGGUUCUGCAGAUCCAGGCCCAAGUGCAGCCGCAGACGCCGCCGCAGACGCCGCCACAGACGCCACCGCCUCCAGGGGACAUCCAGGCGCGGCCCAAGCUGCAGAAGCAGGCACAGACGCAGACCUCUCCAGACCACUUGGUGCCGCAGCAGGUGCCCUCGCAGCAGGUGCCGCCGCAGCAGGUGCAGAAGGAGGCCGAGCCACCGAAACAGGUGCAGCCAAAGGCACGUUCCCAGCCCCCGGGGCAGGUGCAGCCGCAGCUGCAGAAGCAGGCACAGACGCAGACAUAUCCUCAGGUCCCGCCACCAGAGCAGCCACCAGGACAGCCUCCCGUGCAGCCGCCUGACCGGGCUGAGGGGCAGCCUCAGACCCGGCCUCAGGUGUCCGUGCCGGCUUCGGAGCAAGGCCCCGUUCCGGUUCAUUCCACGGUGCCGGAGACACCGUCAGAUCCGAGAGAUGCUGGAGCAGGCCUGGAGGAGGCCUCGCCAGAGCCAGGGGGCGCCCAGGUCAGUGUGGAGAGCCAGGAGGAGUUGACCAGCGGCCUGGAUGUGGGAGAAUGUGAAAAAAGAGCAAGAGAGAUGCUAGGGGUGUGGGGUGCCGGGGGCUCCCUGAAGGUCACCAUCCUGCAGAGCAGUGACAGCCGGGCCUUCAGCACGGCCCCCCUCGCGCCUGUACCCCGCGCUGGCGACUCUACGUCCACCGCCCCUGCCUCUGCCAGCGCACCCUCGAAGCAGACCCUCCAGUUCUUCUGCUACCUCUGCAAGGCCAGCUGCAGCAGCCAGCAGGAGUUCCAGGACCACAUGUCGGGGGCCCAGCACCAGCAGCGGCUCGGGGAGAUCCAGCACAUGAGCCAAGCCUGCCUCCUGUCCUUGCUGCCCGUGCCCCGGGACGUCCUGGAGAGAGAGGACGACGAGCCCCCGCCGCGGCGCUGGUGUAACACCUGCCAGGUCUACUACAUGGGGGACCUGAUUCAGCACCGCAGGACUCAGGACCACAAGAUCGCCAAGCAAUCCCUGCGACCUUUCUGCACUGUUUGCAACCGCUAUUUCAAGACCCCCCGCAAGUUUGUGGAGCACGUGAAGUCCCAGGGACAUAAGGACAAAGCCAAGGAGCUGAAGAUGCUUGAGAAGGAGAUGGCCGGUCAAGAUGAGGACCACUUCAUCACAGUGGACGCAGUGGGCUGCUUUGAAGGUGAUGAAGAAGAGGAGGAGGAGGAGGAGGAGGAAGAUGAAGAAGAAGAGAUCGAGGUUGAGGAAGAGUUCUGCAAGCAGGUGAGGUCCAGAGAUAUGUCCAUAGAGGAGUGGAAAGGCUCAGAGACCUAUAGCCCCAAUACCGCAUACGGCGUGGACUUCCUGGUGCCCGUGAUGGGGUACAUUUGCCGCAUCUGCCACAAGUUCUACCACAGCAACUCGGGGGCACAGCUCUCCCACUGCAAGUCCUUGGCCCACUUCGAGAACCUGCAGAAAUACAAGAAGGCCAAGAACCCCAGCCCUGCCAGCAGGCCCGUGAGCCGCCGGUGUGCGAUCAACGCCCGGAACGCCUUGACUGCUCUGUUCACUUCCGGCGGCCGCAUGCCCACCCAGCCCAGCGCCCAGGACACGGCUAAAACCCCCAGCAAGGUGACCGCCCAGCCCCCUUCGCCCCCACUUCCCCGGCGUUCAACCCGCCUCAAAUCCUGACAGAGGGAGCUCCUCACACCCGUCCUGUCUGAGCCUAGGUCUGCUAUGCUUUCUAGAAGUCUGUGUGGAAAUUUUGACAUGGUUGGUGUUUGUACUGAAAAUCUAAUAAAGGAAGGUAGUUCGGCUGUA